AUGACGAUGGGUUGUUGUCGCAAAUGCCUUCCACUUUUCUACUUUUCUUCUCAUACUUUAACCUCUCUUACAAUUACUUCUGGUACCGGUCCUUUUAGAGAAUUUCAAAAUUCUCUUAAUUUUCCAUCAUUAACCAACCUGAGUUUACGGUUCUUUGCCUUUCAUAGCAGUGAUGAUAAAGGCUAUGUUGAUCCCUUUUCGUCAUUUAAAUGUUUGAAUACUUUGAUCAUUGAUCGUUGUAGUGUUGAUGAUGAAGAUAACCUCUCCAUAUCAAGUGUCACUCUUGUUAAUUUAACAAUAAAAACAUAUGGUUCUUACAAAUUUGAGUUAUCUACCCCAAAUCUGUGUAGCUUUGAUUUUACGGGCAAUCCUAUUCAGAAACUCAACAAGAGCAAUAACAAUUUCUCUUCUAUCAAACAUGUACAUAUUGAUGUGCAUAUAGGGUUAUUUGACGAAAAACAUCCUUUGAUCCUACUCAAUUGGCUAACCCAACUUGGUCUUAUCGAAUCAUUGACGGUUUCAUCAAAGACUCUUGAGAUUCUCGACUUAGUUCGUGAUUUAUGGAUUAUAGAUUUCCCUUGCCUACAUAACUUGAAGUCGUUGAGAAUAAAAAUGUACAAACAUUUGCCAAUACCUCAUGGAGUAGAUGACUUCUUGCUUCAAAAUGCACCGUCUGCAGAGAAAUCUGUCAUAGAUUUGUCAUAUAAUUUUGCAUUCAAAUUUUUAAAGGCACGGUGGAGGAUACUACCUAGAUAUUUUUUUGGAGCAUUAGUUUUCCCAAGAGAUUGGAAUAAACUUGAAUGCAAUAAUUACCAAAAUUUUGUUAAAGGAAAUAUAUCCCUAACUGGAGAGCAUGUUUAA